AUUCUCCAGGAUUGUCUGGAGGAGGUGGCCAAUCAAAUAGCCAAAAAAGAAGCAAGUGAGAUAGAUGUGGAGUUGGGAGAAGGCAAGGUGCUUAGUCAAGCUGGUGUUGUUGGAAAAGGCAUUGAUUCGCUUGCUGAUGCUGCCUCUGCUCUAAAGGUGAGUGCUGGCAAGGUGGUGGCCCAGGAAGGAAAAACAUUACGUAACGUGCCCAGGUUGGCCUCAGAUAUCCCAGAUAUUGGUCAGGCAGCAGUCAAAGGGCCUCUUGCCCUCUCCAAGUCAGCCAGGGCUGGUCUCAUCGCAGUCAAUGCUCUUUUCAUUGGCAUGGAUAUCUUCUUCAUCUGUAAAGACAGCAUCAGUCUGGCCAAAGGCAGCGAGACUGAAUUCUCACACUUCCUCAGAGCCAGAUCUGCACUGUGGCGCUCAGAGAUGGACUCAUGGCAGAAGAUCCAUGACUCCCUGUGUGAAGGCCUGCUGACAUCAGAGAAGAACCGAGCUAUCCUGGAGACGCCAUUUUAUCUGGAGAGUGAGCUGAGGAAACAAAGAGAAACAGAAAUGGAAAUUCCAUCUGAUGAAGUGGAUGAAAAACUGAAAGAACAACAGUUUUGUGUAAUACAGUAGUGCUCAGUGAACAGAGAUUACUGUGUGCCUUUUUGCCAAGUCUGACACUAUGAUCAGAUAUGAGAUCCAUUUAAUGCGAUCGAAGCACGUAUGAAAAUUUAACUCUGCUUACAGCUCACUGUUCAGCACUGAACAUCAUUAAAAUGUCUCUUUGAGGAAUUCUUAAUUAGCUGUAAUUCUCACAACAUAAACCAAUUUAUUGACUCAGCUUUUUCACUUGUUAUUUGGGCAGUAUAUUUGUUACGGCUGAAUUUAUCAACCUUUUGCUAAGCCUGUUUUAAAACAUAAUGCAUUAUAGGUGUCAUUUAGUAUUACAUACUUUACCUGAUAAUAAAUGUAA